GCACCUGGCUACUACCACACUAGGCCCCCUCUCAUCUCCACCAUCAUCUCUAACCUCUCAGAGAUCAAGCAGAAGCCAGCUGCGACCUGCGAGCAAUGGGGCACCAGCACCAGAUGUUCAACGACCCCUUCGCGAGCAGCAUGUCGUCACUGGAGGAGGACAUGUUCUCCGGUGCCGGCGGCUACCACCACCUCACGCCUUCCAUGCAGUGGCCGGGCUUGGAUAACGACAUACCGUCAGCACCGGCUGCCAACAACGCCACCUCCUCCGGCGGCUCUGGAUCACACCGAAAGAUGAGUCACAACGCGUACGAGCGUGACCGCCGCAAGCAGCUCAACGAGCAAUAUUCCUCCCUCCGCUCCCUCCUCCCCGAUGACGACCACAAUAAGAAGAUGAGCAUUCCGACCACGGUGUCGCGGGUGAUCAAGUACAUCCCGGAGCUGCAGAAGGAGGUAGACGGCCUGGAGAAGAAGAAGGAGGAGCUGAGGCGGGCCAGCUACGAGCAAGGCGCCAUGAGGCAGAACACGGCCCCGAUCGUGUCCGCCACCUGCCUCGACGACAGGGAGAUCAUGGUCCAGGUCAGCCAGGUGAGCACCAUGGCCGGAGCUCUGCCCAUGUCCAAGUGCAUCAAGGUGCUGGAGAAUCAAGGCCUCCGCCUCAUAAAUUCCUCGACUUCCGCGUUCCAGAACAGGACGUUCUACAGCCUCCAUCUUCAGAGAACCCAGCGAACAAUGAGCAAGGAGGGCCAAACAUUUUGUAACGAACUGGAGAACGUCGUGAAGCAAAAGGCGGGACAACAUCUGCAUCAUUAGUGGAUUAUAACAUAAUAAUGGUGCAUGUCAUCAUACAUAACUACCAUGAAUCAAAAUGCAUGCCAUAGAUAUAGGACAAUAAUCUCAGAUAAAUAGUACUGAUGCACGCAUGAUAGUAUAAUACAGUGUGUUCCAUAUAACUAAUAUAGUGUAUACAUUUCUGGUCCUAUAUUUUCAUCUUCAUCAUGUACCAGGCAUGUGCGCAACUUCGCGAUGAGCAUAAUUAGUAUGCAUGAAACAGUGGAGAAAAUAAAUAUAGAGAUGGCCGUGAAGCAGUGGCAUGCAUAAAACACACGCCAUUGUCGAUGUAAUUCUUAUGUAUAAAUGAAUAUAUAAUGAUGUUACAAUGUCGAAAGCAUGUGUGAUUACUGUUUGUAUAUCGGUGUAUAGCCUGUAGUGCUUCUUGCUUGUUCGUGUUCAGGUUUGGCAUUUUUCGGGGGGAAACAAUUUGUUUUAGGAGUACAAGGGAAACAGUUGCCGUUUGAAAUUCAAGCUGGCCCGCUGCGAACCAGCGGUGUGGCGCUGGCCUAGGUGCGCGCAGCCCAGCUCGUUGGAGCGAAGGCCCGUGUGCAGUGGGGAGGAGCGACUGCUAAGCCGGCCGGGUGACAAGGCACGCAAUGUGUCCGGCCUAUCAAAGAACCGAACCGAGUUUGUAAUUUCAUUUUUGACAGAGUUUGUUAUUUCU